UUGAUGUGGGCAACCAAAACAUUUAAUCCUCUUUUCUGCUACCGCUUGAAGAGGCAUGAGCACACCUCUACCGCCGCCCGCCGCGAACGCCAUGAACAUCGUUGCAGGCGCCGCUCCCAUUAAUCUCAAGAAAGUGCUGAUUACGGGGGUGAGCCGCGGCCUCGGUAAAGCCCUAGCACUGGAAUUGGCCAAGCGCGGCCACACCGUAAUCGGCUGCUCCCGCUCGCCGGAAAAGCUUUCAGCUCUCCAGUCCGAGCUAGCCUCCGCCUCGGACGGCAAGAGCAACGCUGACAAGCACAUCUGCAUGAAUGUUGACGUGAGGUCUAAUCGUAGUGUUGAGGAGUUGGCGCGUGCCGUGGUGGCGAAGAAGGCUGUACCUGAUAUUAUUGUGAACAAUGCUGGGACGAUAAAUAGGAACAAUAAAAUAUGGGAGGUUCCAGAAGAUGAAUUUGACACUGUCAUUGAUACGAACAUCAAGGGUACCACAAAUGUACUACGCAACUUCAUUCCAAUUAUGAUCGAGAAUAAGCAUGGGAUAAUUGUCAACAUGUCAUCUGGAUGGGGAAGAUCUGCUGCUGCACAGGUGGCUCCUUAUUGUGCUUCAAAGUGGGCAGUAGAGGGUUUGACAAGGUCAGUUGCGAAGGAGCUGCCUCCUGGAAUUGCUGUUGUUGCGCUCAAUCCUGGUGUAAUUAACACCGAGAUGCUUCAAUCAUGUUUUGGCACUUCAGCUUCUCUAUACCCGACACCUGAAUCAUGGGCACCUAGGGCAGCUACUCUGAUUCUCCACCUUACAACGGCUGACAAUGGUGCACCGCUCACCGUGUGAUACGAGGACAUGUAUGCUAGGUGUAUGAAGAGUAAAAUUCAUCUUGUUUUGUAGUUUUAAUAAAGGUAAUAGAUAAUUUGUGUGUAGGCUAGUGCCCUGAGAAAAUUUAUUUCCGCUGAGUGCAUUUUAGUUUCUCUAGGACUGGAGAAAGAAAAAUGUAGUGUUUUUUAUGGUUUCAAUAUUCUCUUUGAUCUCGAAA